CGUAUACAUAUAAGACACUAGAGCGGAUGCUUCCAUUUCCAGGUUAGCUCUUUCAAACCUCCAAAUCAAAUUCGUUUCAACACUUUCCAGAGCGGGAAAAGUUCGCUUGCGUAACCGUGAUAAAAAAGACGUUAAAGUUAUAUAAUUAUAAUGAGAAAAUUCGGUUAUCAUUGUACUUUUAUAUAUAUUUUAUUUAAUAUAGUCUCUUUAGCAAUGCGUCGUCAUUUUAAUAUAUCUAAAAUCGAUUAAAAAACUAAACUUAAUUAAUACUUAAUUAAAAAAAGUUGACUUAGAACUUUUGUUGUUGACAAAUUCACGCAGUUAGUUCGAACUUCAGACUUUCAGAAGGCUUUUCACAAACGAGAUGCAUUCGUUACGAAUCUAACUACAACAACGUCAUGGAGUUCGUAUCGGAAACGUAAAGGCGUUCGGUUUUAGAGCACGAUCGCUUGGGCAUUGGUGCAUACUAGUCCAAAUUUAAAAAUUCUAUGCGCGGCGUGUCAAUAUUAUUGUGUCAAUUGUUUGGAAUGCAAUCAAAACUGCGUGUAAAUACGGGCUUUAGCCCGAUUAAAGAUUAAGUAGGACUCAAGUUAAAUUUAUCUAUAUCUAAGGAUACUUGUAAAAGGUAUAACGUUUACAAUGUAUGGAUCUAUGGACUGGCACACAUACCGGACAUAUAUGCAAUCAUGCACUCGCUCUAGCCAAUGAUAAUGAUAUUCUAAUUAAUGAUAAUACUUUUUAAAGGAAAUGUAAAGCUUGCAAUCGAUUCAUUUUAAAACAAAGGAAACAAUAUGUCAACGUUUUUAUACGCAACCAGCGCUCGACGCGGCACGUUGUGUUCAGCACGGAUUUGUUUAAAGUGAAACAAUGUUGAGCCGACUUUACGAUUUACUCACAAGGCCCACUGAAGUUGUGGAAGUCGUGGGCUUACUGCCAUUUAAUGGAGCUAUUUGGCCCAUUGUAGUUGUGAAUGUGUUCUUUGUCGUGUUCGCCUUUCGACUUGGACCCUGGCUGAUGCGCAACCGCGAACCUUUCAAUCUCAAGCGCGUAAUUAUGGUCUACAAUAUAUUUCAAAUCAUAUACAACGGCAUAAUGGCGGUUCUGUCUGUCAAAUUGCUAUCGCAUUAUUUGGAGCAGCCAGAUGGACUAGCCUGCAUCCGGCCGAUGAGCAUGGAUCACCCGGCGAAAAAAUUUGAAAUAUUUUGCGUGCUAUUGUACAUAGGCAACAAGUUCAGCGAUUAUUUGGAAACGCUGUUCUUCAUACUGCGCAAAAGCUACAAGCAAGUAACGGUCCUGCACGUCUACCACCACAUAAUGAUGACGACCUUCUUAUACCUGCACAUGGUUACGCGUGGUAUCGGCGGCCAGGGCAGCACAAUUGGCAUGCUCAACACAUUCGUCCACGUCGUCAUGUACGUGUAUUAUCUGCUGAGCUCCAUCAAUACGGAACUGAAGAAGUCGCUGUGGUGGAAAAAGUACAUUACACAAUUGCAGCUGGCACAAUUCGCAAUUCUCUUCGUCCAUCAGCUUUGGCCACUGGUGAUGGUGCCCGACUGUCCCGUAUCUACAGUUUGGCAAUGCCUUGCCUUGACACAGGCCGUGGUUAUGAUGUGGAUGUUCGGCAACUUCUACCAUAAGACCUAUAUUAGGAAGCCGAAGGACAAGCAGCUGACGGGAAAGCAAUCAUGAACGCGAUCUCCCAACUGUGCCGAACUCAGAUGUUGGUUUACCGACAGCACUAUGCCUUGUAAUUAUUGGAUUUUUUUUGUGAUAUUGCAAUAAGUUAUAAUUUUUAAAAGUAAAUAUUAAAAUUUUUUUGAAAAGAUUAAAGUGUUUCAAAAUCUUUUCCAGUACCUAAA